UUUAAUUUGGGUAGGUGUUUUUUUAGAUCUAUCACAAUAAGUUAUCAUAUUCUGAAUUGAAAACAUCCAGAGGUCAAAUAAUUGUAUAACUUUUAGCAAUUAAAACUAUAGAUAAAUGUGAAAAAUAUAAAUUAACGAUACAAAAAAAUUUUGUAAUAGUAUUUUAGAAAAAAACAAGAUGCUGGGAAGGUGUAGAUUGUCGCUUAUAUUUUUUUCACUUUUUGUGUGUCUAAAUGCGGCGAAACUUGAGAAAGGAUGGGAGGAUGUUUUCGGAAACAACCCUUCAUCAACCCUUCCUGUCCACAAGGUCGGCAACAAAAAUUACGUCGUUGUUACUAAUACCAGGCUAAACUUCUUACAAGCCAUGGAUUUUUGUGAAAAUCUACACAUGAACUUGGUAACCAUCGAGUCUGCAGAGGAAAACAAAGCUGUCGAAAAAUUUAUUACUGAUGCAAAUGGCGGUAACGAAUACUGGACUGCUGGUACAAGAUUGCUCGAUGGUAAAACUUGGUUAUGGUUUACCACUGGCGAUGUUAUCCAAUAUUCUGCUUGGAAUGCUGGUGAACCAAGCGGAGGAAACGAGUAUUGUCUUAUAACUAUAAAAUCGAAUAAUGGUUUAGUGUGGAAUGAUGUCAAAUGUGACCUUGAAUAUCCAUUUGUUUGUGAAAGACCUAUCGAUGAAAAACGGGAAGAUUUGUUUGCCAAUGAAGAAAAAGAUUGGCAGAAUAUCUUAAAUGUUCACAAAAAUCAACCAAAUUUGGAUCUUUUACACGUUAAUGGAAAGGAAUUCUAUAUAUCUCAGGAGUACAGAGGAAAUUAUUAUGAAGCAUUAGAUUAUUGCCAAGUUCAUAACAUGAGACUAGCAUCUAUCGAUUCUAAAGAAGAAAAUGAUAGAUUGUACAGACACAUCAGGGACAUCAGUGCCGGUACUGAUUUCUGGUCUUCUGGUACACGUUUAUUAGAUGGAAGAAACUGGGUUUGGUUACCUAAAGGUUUGCCUGUUGGUUACACCAACUGGGGUCCUGGUCAACCAGAUAACAACAAUGAUCAUUGCAUUCGUUUGCAUUUGGAUAAGAACAAUGGUCUGUUUUGGGAUGACAUCAACUGCAAUAAUGUUAACAGAGUAAUCUGUGAGAGGUCUGCUGGAGGAAAUGGGGCAAACGGAGGACAUGGUGCUAACGGAGGAAAUGGAGGUAGCGCAGAUAAUGGAGGAAAUGGAGGUAAUGGAAGCAAUGGAGGAAAUGGAGGUAAUGGAAGCAACGGAGGAAAUGGAGGACAUGGUGGAAGCGAAAACAAAGACGGAGACGAUUUCUUAAGCAAACUUGCGCAAACUGUCCCAGGUAAUAUUCCAACUGUUCUUCAGGAAGGAAGAAAAUUCCAUGUAUCCAGAGACUUACGCGUUACACAAUCUCAAGCUAGAGCCUUUUGUGCGUACCAUAAAUUAAAACUUCCCGAUAUAAAAGAUUUUGAAGAAAAUACCGUCCUUGCCAAACUUCUGCCAUAUCCCGUUACUACUGGACCUUUCUGGGUUGAUGGAGAAAAAGUAAAAGGCAAAUGGAUCUGGAAACAAUCAGACGAACCCAUUGAGUACUUUAAUUGGGCUAUAGCUCAUGUAGACGCUGAAAGUAAGUCUUGUCUUGGACUCACAAACGUAGGAAAAUACGAGUCAGCAUCUUGCGACCAAAAGAAACCUUUCAUUUGCGAAUCUGCAAGCGAUGAAAGCAGUACCGCCAAGGAUAAGGGAGAUGCUAUAAUUAACGUUAUUAUGACUAAUAAUUUAAUAAACGAAAAUGGAAAGGUAACUAAUGCCAAGGAACUUAUUUCCUCCCAAUAUAUUGAAGUCAAGCCAGAAGGUGGCUACCAUAUUACUGUUGACAAUAAUGCAGGAAAAUGCUAAAUUGUGUAAAACCUUCCUAAAUAAAGAUUUUAAAUAGA